UGGCCGUGGUGUGUGUGCCGCGUAGGGCACCGGCGCGGGGCGGGACGCGCGCGGGCGGGGUGGGCCUCCCGGACAGCGGCCGCUAUAAGGCCGGCCGGACUGCGACACAGCCCAUCCUCUCGACCGCUCCCUUCGCGUUUCUCUGCCCCCGGUGCGCUCCGAUUUCAGCCCUCAGCCAUGGCGUGCCCCCUGGACCAGGCCAUCUACCUCCUCGUGUGCACCUUCCAGAAGUACUCUGGCAGGGAGGGUGAUAAGAACACCCUGAGCAAGAAGGAGCUGAAGGAGCUGAUCCAGAAGGAGCUCACCAUCGGCUCGAAGCUGCAGGAUGCUGAAAUUGCAAGGCUGAUGGAGGAACUGGAUCGGAACAAGGACAAGGUGGUGAACUUCCAGGAGUAUGUCACCUUCCUGGGGGCCUUGGCUAUGAUUUAUCAUGAAGCUCUCAAGUCCUAAAUAAAUUGGGAAGGUGGACAUCCCUCUAUGGGGUCUAAGUCAAAUCCAAUGGUGGGUUAUUGUAAAAUAUAAAAAGAAUUUUUUUUGUCAAAUCUA